AUGAUAAUUGGGCAGGCUCGGACAGGGAAAACCAGUCUAAAGAGGUCUUUGAAAGGAGAAUUGUUCAAUCCAAAUGAGGAAAGUACGGAAGGCAUAGAGACAGAUCCUUCCUAUUUUAAAGUCUCGACUGACGUUUGGAGCACAGGAAAGAAUGGCACAGGUACAGAAUCAGAACCAACGUUCUCGUUUGAACGCCAGGCAGCCCAGUUGAUAGUUGAAAGGUUAGAGGAAAGAAAGACAGGAAGCUCUAAUGCUGAAGAACUUUCUCCAAAUACUAACAAUGCCGCGACCGAGCCAUCUAAGGUUAACCAGGAAGCAAAAGAGCUUUGCGAUGAACAUAAAAACAGUAUUAUAAUCGAGCUGUCGCCUCAAGACGCCAAACUAGUCGAAAAAGACAAAGCCGAUUUAGAGGAACCGAGCGCUGAAGGGAUGACCCCAUCACGUCAAGUCUCCCAUGAUCAUCUGCGCGUACUAAAGCUACCAGAGGAUAUAGCGGCAUUGGUUCAGAGGUUGCUUGAAAAGAAUGACAACGACAAAGACGAUAUAUAUUCCAUCAUUUGGGAUUUUGGAGGGCAGUCUGUUUACUAUGACACACAUCCAAUUUUUCUGACACGAAAGGCCAUCUACAUUUUGGCUUGUGACUUAAGUUGUGAUCCAUGCCAGAAAGCCGAUCCUCCUACAAAAAAAGGCAUGGGUGAGAAUUUGGAGGACAUCUGUUGCAACAAAACGAAUCUCGAUUACCUUGAUUUUUGGAUGUCAUCAGUUUACUCUUUGGUACGUCCAGAUGCUGUCAGUAAGGAAUUGCCUGCGGUGUUCCUAGCUUGUACACAUGCUGACAAGCAAAGCCAGAAUGCGAACCCUAGUAAAAUCUAUGACUCCCUAAAGGAGAAGGUUUAUAAAGAACUUCUUAAAGGCCUGUUUGUUGUAGACAACACAAAGUCAGGAAGUGAUGAUGAGUGCCGAGGCGUAAAAAAGCUAAGGGAAAAAGUACUUUCUGUUGCCAAAAAGCUCCCACAGAUGGAAGAAGCCAUUCCUCUGAAGUGGUUAAAGUUUGAAAAGGUUCUGUAUCUGUUGAGCCAGGAUGGCUAUAAAUGGAUACCCAUCGAGAAAGCACGACAGAUUGCUACGGAAGAAUGUGGAAUUUUUGACGAUGAGGAAACAAUUCGAACACUACUUGACUUCUUGCACGAUCAGAGAGUUUUGAUCCAUUUUAGUGAUUCACCAGAACUGAAGAGCAUGGUCAUUUUGAGUCCACAGUGGCUCAUAGACGUGUUCAAGGAGGUAAUCACGGUCAAAAGUUGGGAGGACGUGGAAGACUUUGGGGAUCUAUGGCGUAGUUUUCAGAAGACUGGAAUCUUGGAUGAAAAGGUUUUAGAUGAUGCAUGGAGGUCUUUGAUUGAUACAGAUGAUAACCGAGAAACUUGCAAAAGCACCCUCAUUUCAAUAAUGGAGAGAUUUAAUCUUCUUUUUUCAUGGCCGUCAUCGGACGGGACUACGAAGCAGUACCUUGUACCAUCCAUGUUAAUGUCACCUCCUACAGAGAAAGUCCUGAAGCACCUUGAUUGUGUACGAACCCCUUCAGUUUUUGUGGAGUUUGGAUCACGAAGAGUGCCUCCAGGUUUUUUCUCGCGGCUUCUCCUGCUGUUUUAUCGGUUGUGUCAAGAAGAAUGGAAGAGAGAUGUGAAUCCUCAAUUGUUCAAAGAUUUUGCUAUGUUUCACAUUCUUCCUGAACGUGCAAUUUCCUUAGUAUUUAUGUUGCAUACUUCAUCCAUCGAAAUAGUUUUUCACGAUGGAAAGGAUGCUCGUGAUCUGAAUACAAGCCGAACCAUUUAUUCGCAACUGAAAUGUCUUCUUGAACGUAUUUGCAAGGAGUUCUUCUGGUUAAAACACGUGAAGUACAGAAUGUGCGUCUGCUGUCCUGUAUGUUCUCAAGACGACUUCACGUGCCGUGCUCAUGGCAUGCGUGGUUGCGAGUGCUUGCACUUUUUAUCGGAGUCAGAGUUGCGAGAGCGGCCAUUCUGCAACAAACCUGGCGUUUGUGGAGAUCCUACAAUUACCAUCACGAUGUUCGAACAUUGGUUUGCUUUGUCGGACUCACCUCAGCAAAGCGGGAUUCCACUUACUCAGGUUAGUUCUUAAACUCGUUUUUCCAAGACACGAUCGCUAGUGGUUCGUUCCCCAAUCAAGGAACUUUAAUUACAAGCUUUGGUCGUGAUGGUUUCUGGGAUAGCAUGGGUGGAUACUGAAGCGUUAGCGUAAUUAGUUGACCAUUCAUAAUUAACACUUCCGCCCAAAUGAUCCCAAAAAUCCUUGUGACGAAAGUAUCCGCCCCUUAGUUUCUUGAGUGCCGAAUUUAUCUUUUUAGAUUGUUUCCAACAAGUGCUUAUAGCCCUUUUGCCAGAAAUUGAAGGCGAUGACAAACAGUACCAAACACAUUGGUUGUGGUUACACGAGGCAACUCUAGUAGAAAAAAAUAAAGUUUAAUUUACCGUGGUAAACCGGUGUUUUCCCGUUGAAAAGAUUUUCAUUUACCCAGUCGGGAAUAUUUGCCCAGGAAAAUGUCAUGGCAGAGUAACUGAGAACGAUAAAAACUCUCCAAACAAAAAACCUUAGAUGGACUGAAACCUACCAUUCAGUAAGAAGUUGCAUACGGCGUUGCUGUGAGUAUGAUAUUUGAACGGAAUGCUCAGAAUUGCGGAGGUUUACAGCAUCUAUAUUUUUGUGUAUUGAGAACUCUAUGUGUUUUUUAUUAUUCGUGAUAUUAAAGGAAACCUGAACCUGACGAUUUUUCCAAUCGUUUAGGUUGGAAAAUGUGAAAGGAAAGCACAAACAUCUCUCGAUCGUCCGAUACAUGUUUUUUGUAAUCUCAACUUUCCAGGUGGAAUACAACCGCAGCUGUUUACCGUAGACGUGUUUACGGCCUUGGGUGGCGUAACCUCGGGUAUUAUGGCCUUUCUUCAAACAAUAGUCAAGGACUUUAUAAAUUCUUUAAUUUGUCAUAAAUCAUGAGCGAUUAAUUUCGAGAAUUUCUUGCUAUCUUUUCAAUUUGAUUUACUAGAUCCGUCUGUUUCAAGUUCCAGCUUGCGUGGCGAAAUACGAACGUGUUAUGGCGUUUUCUCAAUCAAGCAAUAAUCAUCAUCAAGUAUUAUUUAUUUUCUCCAAGUUCUAUAUAUAAAACCUAAUGGCUACCUUUUACUCAGAAAUCUUUUUCUAGAGCGUGUCAAAACUUUACAACCGUGAAACUAGUUAAAGCAUUCAGUUCUUAUGCAAACCCUGGAGUGAUCAUUAGGCGUGCCUGUUUUUCCCGUACUGCUUUCGACUCCCACUGACCAUGAAGCCCUUUGGUUCUCAUUGUUCUUGGUUUACAUUUUUUAAGUGACUUUGUUUCCUCAAUCGAGUGCCUAGGGAGGUUUGCCGUAAGUGGGUUGAAGAAAGCUGUAUAAAAGUCUUUCAAUUUUUUUAAAUUAUGUUCUUUACAGGAACGAAGUGCUACUGAAGGGGACAACAAUGGAAAACGCUGCUUAUGUUGUAGUGAAGGUAAAUAACCGCUUUUGGUUGUUAUGUCUACAAUAGUAAUCCCUCGAAACUUCAAUUACCAUCGAUUACUGCAGUUGCACUCCGCUUGAUUGGGAACAGUUGAGGUUAAACUAAUGGAAUAAAUCCUUGCCUGCAUCAUACGCAAUUUAGCCAUCUGUGUAGUAUACCAAAUCACUCUUUAGAUUUGCAAAACGUGUUGGGAAUGUGCUUUGACUGUGGGGGUAAUGUUGACCACGAAAGCCAAACCCGAUCUUAACCCCCUGACGUACAUGUACAAAGCGGGGUGGGGGGCGGGGGGGGUGGCCACCCCCCUCUGUGGUCAAGCCAUUUUUGAGUGAAACUGCAUGUUUUUUCAACUUCUUUCAACAAUAAAAGUAAAGCUUGUGGAUAAAGUGAUGCAAAGUACUUAUUUAUAUGUUAUUUUACAUGUCAAGCACAAAAAAGUUACCAAUUCCAGCCGUUUUUACCUGAUUUCUAAUUCUUGGUAA